GUGUCUAUUAAUCGAGCUGCAUUAGAUCUGUAAUAUAUCCUCCAACCAAUAUGACGGAGAACGUGUGAAUUAGGGAGAGUUGGUGAUGUAAAAUUCUUUCUUGAUUGUAAAUAUUACCAAAUUCUCAUCUAUGCUACAGAAAAAAGAAAAGGAAAUGAUAAUAAUUUCAUAGAAAAAUCUAAUUAUUAUUAUUAUCAUCAUUCUAGUGUGAAAUAUUUUGUCAAUGUAAAUUUGUAAGGAGAAGAACAAUAAUAUUUAUUGUGGGAGAAGAAAUGCAAAUAAUUAAUUUGUAAUAUUUAUUGAUGAAACUUUGUUUAACAUAUUAAACAUGUGCACGGGUAAAUUCUACAAGAGAUAAAACAACUACAAGAAAAACAGACAGCUGGCUACGACGACGACUACUACUACUACUAACAUCAUCAUCAUCAUCAUAAAGUACAACAAUUAUGAUAAGGAUAAUAUAAAAACAACAUAAAUUUCUCCAUGAAGAUGGAGAGUGGAGAUGAGGUGGGAAACUGUUCUGUAGUUAGGUCGGCUGAAGUUGAAACUAGAAGUCCAUUGAGUUUGUUAUCAUCAUCAUCUUCGUCGCUGUUGUUAUUAUGAUGGCCUGUGUGGAGGAAGUCAACUAAAGAGACCUUAAGUAAGAACAUUAUCAACCAAAAACCAGAACAGUCGCCCUUCGUGUGCUGAGACAAAGAUGACCACCACCAGUAGCAGUACUACAGUAAAUGAUGAUAGUCGAAGUUGUUGUAGCAGUAAAGUGUAUGAGGAUGAGAAAGAAGAAACUCCAGAUUCCGACCGAAGACUUCCACUCGCUUUUAAUCUAAGUCGCCAUACGGAGAAGAUUUUAGCUCCAGAAGUGUUGACACAGACAUGGAGGAUGAAAGAAAGGAUGAAAACUGUCAGUGUUGCCUUGGUAUUAUGUUUGAAUGUUGGAGUGGACCCUCCUGAUGUUGUGAAAACCUCUCCUUGUGCUCGUUUAGAAUGUUGGGUCGAUCCUCUUUCCAUGAGUCCUCCAAAAGCUUUAGAGACUAUUGGAAAUCGUCUCCACCAACAGUAUGAUAGAUGGCAGCCACGGGCCCGUUACAAACAAUCCCUGGAUCCAACUGGUGAUGAAGUCAAGAAACUUUGUACAACUAUGAGGAGAAAUGCUAAAGAUGAGCGAGUCCUGUUCCAUUAUAAUGGUCAUGGAGUACCGAAACCAACAUCAAAUGGAGAAAUUUGGGUUUUUAAUAAAACAUACACACAGUAUAUUCCUUUGUCUAUAUAUGAUCUUCAGAGCUGGAUGGGAAGUCCAUCUAUUUAUGUCUAUGACUGUUCUAAUGCUGGAGUAAUUGUGGAAUCUUUUAAACAGUUCUCUGCUCAGAGAGAACAAGAAAGAGAGGCAAUGAUGAAUACUCAUAAUUCCUCAGUGACUGGAGAGAUUAGCAGUGGUUCUUCAGUGUCAUCAACUACUAAUCCAACGGUAGCUUCCACCCCAGUGUCGAUGAGUAACUGUAUCCAGUUAGCCGCUUGCAGUAAAGAUGAGCUGUUACCUAUGAACCCUGAACUUCCAGCGGAUGUGUUUACCUCGUGCCUCACCACCCCAAUCAAAAUGGCGCUCACAUGGUAUGUUUCACAGGAUUCUGGUAAGCUUGUUUCUGGCGCCACUCAAGAACUUGUUGACAAAAUACCCGGGCAGUUGAAUGAUCGACGGACAAUGCUUGGUGAAUUAAACUGGAUUUUCACAGCAAUUACAGAUACUAUUGCUUGGAACACACUUCCAAGAGAAUUGUUUCAAAAAUUGUUCAGGCAAGAUUUAUUGGUUGCCAGUCUUUUUCGCAACUUUCUGCUGGCAGAAAGAAUUAUGCGAUCUUACAACUGUUCUCCAGUUUCAAGCCCACCCUUGCCCCCCACAUAUCAGCACCGGAUGUGGGCUGCCUGGGAUUUUGCUCUUGAUAUGUGCUUACGUCAGCUGUCUAAGAUUGUUGAUAGUGAUGGUACACAAUUUGACCACAGUACUUUCUUUGCACAGCAGUUAACAGCAUUCCAAGUUUGGCUAACAUAUGGUUCUGAGAAAAGGAAUCCACCUGAACAGCUACCAAUCGUAUUACAGGUUUUGUUGAGUCAAGUCCACAGGGUGAGAGCACUGGAACUCUUGGGCCGGUUCCUGGAUUUGGGUCCCUGGGCAGUCAGUCUGGUAAUGGCUUUUAAAAUUUUGUCUUCACUUUUACAUUUAUGUAUUUGUUUUGCAAGAUUCUUGAUCCAUGUAUAAAUUUUCAUUGUCUGAUUUGCUAUUUUUGUAUAUUUUAAAUAUUUAUUUCUAUUGUAGUCUUGUCAGACAGAGUUGGUCAAAGACAAUGGUCAUAACUAUUUCCUCUCAGUGUUAAGUGACCAGUGCAUGUCAUCAGAGCAUCGGACAAUGGCUGCAUUUAUUUUAGCAACAAUUGUUAAUAAUUAUCCCCAAGGACAGAAAGCAACGUUCCAAGGUAAUGUGAUUUCCAUCUGCCUUGAACAGCUUCAUGAUUCUAACCCACAUUUCAGGCAGUGGUUAGCUCUGUGUCUUGGAAAGGUCUGGAUGAACUAUGAAUCAGCACGAUGGUGUGGAGUUCGAGACCUUGCACAUGAAAAAUUGAGCAACCUGCUCACUGAUUCUGUACCUGAGGUUCGUGCCGCUGCUGUGUACGCGCUGGGAACUUACAUCAGCUGCUGUUCGUCAGCACGUAGCGACCACGCCAGCAACAUAGACUUAGGUAUUGGGAUGAGUUUGACACACAUAAUACAUGAUGGAAGUUCUCUGGUGCGAAAGGAACUUGCCGUUGCUUUGGGUGGUCUAGUGCAACAGUUUGAGUCUCCAUUUGUUGCUGUGGCAUCUCAAAUGUUAGGAGAAGAACGACUGCGGGAGAAGAAUGCCCCUAUGAUAGCCGCUGUGACACCUGGAGGGUGGAAUGUUGUCACACCAAUAUCUUCAGACGGCUAUCUGACACUACCUCUUGCUGGCAUGAAACGUAGUGCCUCCCGGGGUAAUUUAAAGUCCGCAACUAGUCGACAUGGGCUGUCAAGCAGCAACAGUAUUUCAAAUUUGGAGGGAUUAAUCAUGCCAGACUCUGGUGCCGGGGCUACUGCGUCGGGCAGUGGCACUCUCUGUGUUGCUAAUAGCGACCGCAUCAGGCGUACAUCAUCCAGCUCCAACCUCUCCACAUGCACAUCUAUGGUGAACAAUGUCUAUGUUAGUGUUUGGCGCACGCUACUAUUGCUCUCCUCCGACCCUCACCCCGAGGUUAUGGAAAUAGCAAAGAUUGUUAUAAAUGACAUCAAGCAGAAGGCUACAGAGCCGUUGACUAAAAAUCACUUCUCUUCUAAUUCCUGCCAGUCCGCACCAUCAAGUCCACCCGGUCGUGGCUCCAACUUUGCUGCAAUGAGGAAUCAUUCAGCAGAUGUGCCGGAUUCAAAAUCUGAUAUGAAAGUUGACCAAAACAAUGAAAAGCGGCCUCGUAGCCAAAAUUCUGAAAGCUCAACGGAAGGUAGAAGGGAAAUAACGAGUCCAAAUAAGAAGAGCUCAUCAUCAUCUCAGACUAAGGACUCAGGACUCAACAAAGGUGCAAAUAUGUCAAAUGUCAUGACCAGUUCCCAGGAACUUCGGCGCCAACAGCAAGGAACAUUAUCUGCUGGCUCAACAACUCAUCGACGAGACAACUCUGGUGAGCGGAAUCGGCGCAGUCCAUCACACAGUGAUACUAACGGCACGGAAAGUGAUUCAGCCAAGUCAUCAAAGCGUGGCUCUCGUAAUCGCCCAGCAUCUCCUGCAAAUCAACUAAUCCCUUAUUCAGCUCAGUUUCUACCAACACGGAAAAUGUUUGAUAAAGGGCCAGGACAUGUAAGUGUUGAUGAUAAAAAAGAUGAACCCGGGAAUAAGGAGUUUAAAGAACCAUUGGUCACAACCCAAUUCUUCAAGUGGAGCAGCAAGUAUUUUGCGCAACCAUUGAAACCUGGAGAUGAAGGUGACCCCGAAAGCAAGUUGUCAAUGGAACGGGAUUACCGAUUCCAGCGCAAUGCUACAGUCAGGAAUGAAGCUAAAGUGGAACAGUUCAAAGCUGGCCACAAUCGGUUUGAUGAUCAAAUAUUCGUCAAUAAGAACUCAGGAAGUCCUGCUGUACUGCGUUUCCACCCUUAUGAGGCCCACCUAGCAGUUGCUGACAAGGACAAUAUCAGUAUAUGGGACUGGGAACAGGGUAUCCAGCUUAGCCAUGUGAACAGCUGCCAUCCAAAGAACUGUCGUAUAACUUCAAUGGAGUUCAUCAACCCACAUGACCAGGCUUUGUUAAUGUGUGGUUCAGACGAUGGUUCUAUACGAGUGUGGCGUCACUACAGUGAGCAGGGCAAACAAGAAUUGGUCACUGCAUUUCAGGGUCUCUCAGAGAUGUUGCCUUUACAUCGAGGUUCAGGUUUAGUUGUGAGUUGGGACCAAAACACUGAGACAUUGUUUACUACAGGUGAUGCACGUAUCAUAAGAAUAUGGGACAUUCAUCGAGAAAUGAAAACACAGGAUUUACUCACUGGUGCUGACAGUUGUGUGACCAGCAUCACCUCUGAUCCUUCCAACAUGGCUGUGUUGGUAGCAGGUUGUGGUGAUGGUUCUGUACGAGUCUUUGACAGUAGGCUUUCACCAUCAGAAUCUUUGGUGAGAACAUUCCAGGAACACACCAGCUGGGUCAUGAAUGUGCACUAUCAACGAGGAUUGCUGAAUAAGAUUGUGAGCUCCAGUUCUGCUGGUGACAUACGAUUUUGGGACAUUCGACAUCCGGAAUCAGUUCGGAAGUUUCAGCUGCAACAAGGUUUGACUGCAAUUGAGUUACAUCAAUAUGCUGAUGUGAUUGCUAGUGGUUCCAACCAAGCAAUAGUGAUCUUCAACCAUGCUGGAGAACAGCGCAGUGUUAUAAAAAAUCACGAGGGCUUUCUCGGCCAGAGAAUCGGACCGGUCCGAUGUUUGACUUUCCACCCAUACAAGGUCAAACUUGCGGCGGGAUGCACCGACUCUUUGGUAUCUGUCUAUUCCACUGCACAGUGAAGUAGGUCGUCACUCUUCACCAUGUACUUUAGGAGUUCUGGAUGUGUAACUGCUUUAGAAGUGCAGAUUUCAUUGCUAAUUUUAGCAGCAAAGAUUUCAGGUUCAAUACAACCAAUGAUUCAAUGAGCCUUUCUGGAAGACAAGGUGCUAUUUGCAAACUGUAUGGUGUUAAGGGGCAGGGGAGGAAAAAAACCAAACCAGACCAAAAAAAUAGAGAAAGACACGACAGUAAAAAAAAAUGAGUAAAUACAAUAUUAAAUGUUUAAAAGAAAGAGUUAAUUUAAAAAAUGUAAAAGGUACAAAAUGUUUAUUACAUUUGCUUUAUUUUUUCUUUAAAAAUGUGAUGUAAUCAAGAAAUUUUCAUAUUGGGAAAUGAAGGUGAAAUUUGAAGUAGAGAGUCGACUAGAGAAAACAGAAAGUGGAAGAAAUACACACAUACACACACAUUUCAAAAGCAUACAUACAUGCACCACAUUUACAUAUAGACACACAAUAUGUUUGUACAUUUUAAAAUAUAAACUCAAAUUCUACUUCUCUGUUCUUUUUCUCUGAAGUGACUUCUGUUUUUCACCAAACCUUUCUACAUAAUGCUGUCUUUUAUAAUGUUUCUCUUUUAUUUUCCUUAGAGAUUUAACAAUUUCAUAGUAGCACACAUACAUACAUGCACAUUAUACAUAAACUAGCUCCUCUCUCUAAAGACUUAAUAUACCUGUAUACACAACUCAUUCAAACACACAAACAUACUCACAGUCUACACCACCACCACCACCACCUCCAUAUUGUUAAGGCAGAAGAUUAUAACCCUUUUAUUUGUUUUACCUUAUUUUAAUACUGUUCAGGUUAUAUGACCAGACUUUAAUGGACUCUUCUUCUCUACAGUUUUUUUCCCCACCAAAGAAGUUUUCAUCUGAAUUUUGCUGCUGAAUUAGCAUUUCUUUUAGUCGUAUUUAUUUUUUUUUUGUACUUUUUUAAGGCAUAAACUUGAUGGGGGAGGAUUCAGAGUUGAGUGAAAAAAUUAAAUUUUGUGAAAAUUUCAAAUAUUUUUUUAUUUUCUUAAAUUCAAGAAAAUGUUUUGGGUUUUAUGUCACGUUUGUAAAAGAAAAGUAAAAUCUUUGCUGUGUUUAUUAUUAUUAUUAUUAUUAUUUUUGUUGAGAGUAAUCAAUUACAAAGUGGACAAGAUAUCAACCAUUUUUGGCUUGCAGAUCUCUUUACAGGUGUUACAUAUUGCCCUUCAGCAAGAUACUCAACUGUGCUUGUGUUAGGGCUUCAUGCUUGAAUAUGAAUUCAUUAUUAUUAUUAUUAUUAUUAUUAUUAUUAUUAUUUGAGUUUUCUUUUAAACUUCUCAUUGUGUUGUAAAAUAGCUGACUGUUAUUAUUUUACAUUUGUAAUGUUUAAUUUGCAUAUAUGACUAUAAUUUAUUUCAUACAGUGUCAGAAGAGAGAGCAAUGGCAUUGAUAUUUCGUUUGGUCUUGUUUAGAAGCUUUGUAAAACAGUCAGACAAAGCUUACCUAACUGACUGACUAACUAUUUUAGGCUGUGUAUAUAAACUACUAUGAGAAAUGGUGCGACAACAUUGCUGCUGUUGUUAAUCAAGCUGAUCACACACACACACACACACACACACACACCCACACACACGCACGCACACACACACACCAUAAUGGGUAGAUUGCAAUGUAACAUCACAACCACAAAUUAAUGACUUUUGAAUGAUGAAUUCAAAACACAAAGGUUGUUUUGAUUUCCUUUUUUUUUUUUUCCUUUUUUUUAAUGAUGCUGAAGUCAUUGUGACUCCAUUUUCGUUUGUAUUGAAAGUUACAAGGUGUCACAUGAUCACUUACCAGAUGGCAGAAAGACAUUGUAAAUAGAAAAUGACGAGACCCGUUCAACUUUGGCAUACUAUAUAAUUAAUCUUAUAAACUGAUUCUCUAUACACUAACUGAUUAAAAGCAUCUGAAAAAUUA